UCUCUCUCUGCUCCCCACCCAUCUCUCUGGCGUGAGAGGGAGAGAGAGAGAAAAAAACCGAGACCAGAGAAGACGAGAGACGAGAGAAGGCGGGGGAGAGAUAGAAAUACGAGCGAGCAGCGGGAGAGGACAUAGAUAAGCCGCGCCAGCCCUAACCCUAAACUCCGUCCCAUCCCCCCACCGCCGCCGCUGCCGCCUUGACGGAGGGCGGACCGCGUCGAGAUCCGCCCGGCUACUCUGUCUCCUCGCUCCGCGCCCGCCGGCCGACGCGCCGGACACGCGACAAGGUGUGGCUGAAUUGGUCUAUUCCAUCGGGCACCCUGCCACUGCCAGGAAGCAAUGUCUGUUUUCAAUCCUUCAGUCCAUGACAAUGACUAUGACGAUGACGAUACCCCGAUAUCCUUCAAGAGGUCGUCAAGCAGCAGGCCGCCCCCCUCGAAGCAGGAAGGCUCAUCGGCAAAUAUCACCUAUGUUAGGAGCCCUAAGGCUGCAGCCUCGAAUCAGCAGAGGAAUGGGAUUAAUGGCGCUUCCAGGUCGCCGCUGCCACCGAAGCCACAGUCGACCAGCUCAAACCCUCGGCCUUCAGGGUCUGUUCAGCCUAACAGUUCUCUAGAACGGAGUCAAAAGAGUAACACAGUGGAUAAGAGUAAAAUGAAAAGACCUCAGGUCAAAGGUGACAAGUCAGAUGAUUCAGAUGAUGACAAGCCACUUGCUUUGAGGAAAAAGCCUGACACGAAAUUAAAGAAAGUUGUCACAGGAGGUGAGAAUGCAUAUGGUUCAGGAGAUGAUCGUAAGCCACUUGGUAUGAAUAUCAACUCAGCAAAAGUGGCUUCUAAUAAUAGCACAAAUAAGACCGUUUUGUUGAAGACUGCACCACCUAAGACUCUGCAACCUGAUGAUGAUUCAGAUGAUGAUCAUAAGCCACUUGUUCAGAGGUUCAACCCAGCAAAAGGGGCUUCUAAUAAUAGCACAAGUAAGCCCGUUUUAUUGAAGCCUGCACCUAAGAUUGUGCAAUCUGAUGAUGAUUCAGAGGAUGAGAAACCACUUGCCAGCAGGUUACCCACUAAUGCUGCUCCAAAAAGUAGAGGUAGUACCUCUGAUUCAGAGGAUGAGAAGCCACUGUCUGCCCGAUUUUCAAGAGGUACUGCAGGUACAUCUGCGAGUAUCUCAAAUUCCAAGGACAAGCUCCCGUCUAACAACAAGGGGCCAACCAAUAAUUCGAGUGCUCCCCGGAAUUCAGUUAAAAGGCCAGGUUAUAACAAUAAUCAAACAAGUUCAGCUCUUAAGAAGACCAAAUCUUCUGAUGCUUCUGCCUCAGGAAGUGUCAAAAGAGAAUCCACGGAUGAUGACAGUAACAGUGUACCCGUCGAAAGAAAACUGACACCGGGGGAGUCUUCAAAAAGCAAGCCACCUGUAAAGAAUAUUGUAAAGAGUCCUUUAUCCGUUAAGAAGGAUAAUAAGAAAUUCAAAACAAAAACAAAGAAAACAAUGAAAAGUUCCCAGUUCUCAAAAUCACUGAGGGUGCCUCCAGGAUCUGGCGGUGGAAAGAAAUGGUCUACUUUGGAGCACAAUGGUGUUAUUUUCCCCCCUCCAUACAAUCCCCAUGGCGUCAAAAUGCUUUACAAUGGGCAACCUGUUGAGCUGACUCCAGAAGAGGAGGAGGUUGCAACCAUGUUUGCUGUGAUGAAAGACACGGAGUACGCAACAAAGAAAACAUUUAUCGACAACUUUUUUGGUGACUGGAAAAAAAUUCUUGGUAAAAACCAUAUCAUCAAGAAAUUUGAGCUUUGUGACUUCACCCCUAUUUAUGAAUGGCACCUCAGAGAGAAGGAGAAGAAGAAACAGAUGACAUCGGAGGAGAAGAAAGCAUUGCGGGAAGAGAAAUUGAAACAAGAGGAGAAGUAUAUGUGGGCUGUUGUUGAUGGUGUUAGAGAGAAGGUUGGCAAUUUCAGAGUAGAACCACCAGGCUUGUUCAGGGGACGAGGAGAGCAUCCUAAGAUGGGAAAACUGAAGAGACGUAUUCGUCCAAGUGAUAUUACAAUAAACAUUGGAAAAGGCACUCCAGUCCCAGAGUGUCCAAUAGAGGGACAAAGCUGGAAAGAAGUCAAACAUGACAAUACUGUUACAUGGUUGGCCUUUUGGAAUGACCCGAUUAGCCAAAAAGAUUUCAAGUAUGUUUUCUUGGCAGCAAGCAGCUCACUAAAGGGACAGAGUGACAAGGAGAAAUAUGAGAAGUCCCGAAAAUUGAAGGAUCACAUACACAACAUUCGUGUAAAUUACACAAAGGAUUUCAAUAGCAAAGAUGUCUCCAAGAAGCAAAUUGCAGUGGCAACAUACCUCAUAGAUAAACUAGCCCUUAGGGCUGGUAAUGAGAAGGAUGAUGAUGAGGCUGAUACUGUUGGUUGUUGUACGCUGAAGGUUGAUAAUGUUACCUGUGUGCCUCCAAAUAAGCUUCAGUUUGACUUCCUUGGUAAAGAUUCUAUAAGAUAUUUCAACACUGUAGAGGUUGAAUUACCUGUAUACAAUGCGAUUGAGGAAUUCCGUACUGGCAAAAAGGAUGGAGAUGCUGUCUUUGACCAGCUUGAUACAACGAAACUGAAUCAUCACCUGAAGGACUUGAUGCCUGGCCUUACUGCGAAAGUGUUCCGUACAUAUAAUGCUUCGAUUACCUUGGAUGCUAUCUUGCACGAAGAAACAGAAGAUGGAACCCUUCUUGAAAAGAUUGCUGUCUAUCAACGAGCAAACAAAGAGGUUGCUAUAAUUUGUAACCAUCAGCGUGCUGUGUCAAAGUCACACGAUACCCAGAUGACUAAGCUGAAUGAAAAGAUUGAUGAAUUAAAGGCCCAGGUGGAUGAGCUGAACAAAGAUUUGGGCAAAGUGAAGAGAGGAAAACCUCUAGGCAACGGUGCAGAUGGGAAGCCAAAGAGAACUUUGGCACCUGAAGCGAUUGAAAAGAAGAUCUCUCAGAUAGAAACCAAGAUAGAGAAAAUGGAGAUGGAUAAGAAGACGAAAGAGGAUUUGAAGACGGUAGCAUUAGGGACAUCAAAGAUCAACUACCUUGACCCUAGAAUUACGGUAGCAUGGUGCAAAACCCAUGAAGUCCCUAUUGAGAAGAUUUUCAGCAAGACGAUUCUUGCAAAGUUUGGAUGGGCAAUGGACGUCGAGCCGGAUUUCAGAUUCUAAGAGUAUUGGCUUCCGGGUGAGCCAAUGGCCCCUUGGUAAAUUCGAUUCAGCUUCCAGGCCUUCUCGCGGUCCCCUAACUGCAACUAGUAGUAAAGGAAGAGCUCGGUGUUUGUUUUUCAAGUCUCCCUGCUCCUGGAAGAAGGAAGCACCCGGCAUUUUCUUUGUAGGCUUUUUUUUCUCUACCCAUCUUCUCUUCUGUACUUGCUAUGGCCCAAUUGCCUAAAGUCGUGUUUGCAUUUGGGCCGACGAAUUUUAGCUUGUUGAGAACUGAUGGACAUUCAUUUUAUACUGCAUCAAUCGCAAAUAUAGAUAACCUGUCAGAGUGAUGGUUGUGGAUUUGUUUGAGCGAGGAAGCAAACUGUGUUGUUUGAUGUAGUUGAGAACUGGUUGUGUGAUGCUGAGGUGUAAGUUUAUCUAAAAGUGUUUGUUCA